UUGUAACUUUGAAAAUAGACUCAGGGAAGGUAGCUCUAUCGCGUGGUAACAAGUGACAUUUAGUGUGAACCUGAGAGCGCGCGUGGUCAGUAGGGAAACGCCGUCUACACGGUGCUCGGUAAACUUUGAAAAGAAAGGAGAGUGAACGAAGAAGUUUGUGGACACGCUUUUUUGACGGUCAUUUCAACAUGGGUUUACUUCUAUAAUGGACGGAAUAGAGAACCCAUAUAUUUACACGUCAUAACCACGGCAUCGUCCCCGUCUAUGACUGCAGGCAUGGCCCUGUUCAAGCAGCAGACUGUGGAGGAUUUCUACGACAUCGGAGAAGAAUUAGGAAGCGGUCAGUUUGCCAUCGUGAAGCGUUGCUGGGAGAAGAGCACAGGUCUGGAGUUCGCCGCUAAAUUCAUCAAGAAACGUCAGAGCAGAUCCAGCCGGCGGGGGGUCAGGAGGGAGGAGAUAGAGAGAGAGGUCAACAUCCUACAGCAGACACAACACGCCAACAUAGUCACCUUCCACGAUGUCUACGAGAACCUCACUGACGUGGUGCUCGUCCUGGAGCUGGUGUCAGGGGGAGAGCUGUUUGACUUCCUGGCCCAGAAGGAGUCUCUGAGUGAAGAGGAGGCAACUCAGUUUAUCAAACAGAUUCUGGAGGGGGUCCACUACCUACACUCUAGGAAGAUAGCACACUUUGACCUCAAGCCUGAAAACAUCAUGCUGUUGGACAAGAACGUGCCAUUGCCAAGGAUCAAACUAAUCGAUUUCGGACUCGCUCACAAAAUCGAGGCGGGGGCAGAGUUUAAAAACAUUUUUGGGACUCCUGAAUUUGUGGCCCCAGAGAUAGUGAACUACGAACCGCUGGGACUGGAGGCAGAUAUGUGGAGUAUAGGAGUCAUCACCUACAUCCUGCUGAGUGGAGCGUCUCCCUUCCUGGGAGAGACUAAACAGGACACGCUGGCCAACAUCUCAGCCAUGAACUACGAGUUCGACGAGGAGUUCUUCUGUAGAACCAGUGAACUGGCCAAAAGCUUCAUACGGCAGCUACUGGAGAGAGACAAGAUGAAGAGGUUAACUAUUCAAGAUGCCCUCAACCAUCCCUGGAUCAAGUCUAAUGAGUGCAAGGAGGAGACUCCCAUCACCAAGACCGCGGACCAGACCAAGACCCCGGACCAGACCAAGACCCCGGACCAGACCAAGACCCCUAAGAAGCGCGAGCGGCGUCAGCUGAAGACCAAACGUCUCAAGGAGUACACCAUGAAGUCCCACUCCUCCAUGCCCCCCAACAACACCUACGUCAACUUCGAACGCUUCGUCCAGGUAGUGGAGGACAUCAGCCGGAUGGAGGGCUCCUUCACUGGGCUAGCCUCGGCCCACGACUCCCUGCAGGAGGACAUUGACGCCUUGGUCUCCGUCUACAACCACAAGGAGUCCUGGUACAAGGAGGAGAGCGAGGGGGUCCGUCACCAGCUAUCUCAGAUCCGCUACGAGUUCCGUAAAGUGGAGGCGAUGAAGAGGAGCCUGCAGGAUGAGAUGAAGGUGGUGGACGUCAGCGUCAGUGACGUCAGCGCCCGCUACCAGGAGAGGAAGAGACACUUUGACGCCCUGAGACAGGAGCUGAGCGACGAGCUGAAGUGGGUGCAGGACGUGGUGGGGUCGUUAGGGGUCACAGGCGGGGUCGCGGACGGGGUCGGAGGAGGAGGGGGCUACCUCAACUGUAACUUCUCCACUGUGUUUAAUAAUGACGUGAAUGAAGCACUGAAGGAAAUGCUGAACAGAAGCUGUGGAGGAGAUCUGCUGUCUGGGAUCAGCCUGAACCUCACCGAGUCUGGACUGAAGAGAUAGUAUGGUAUAGUAUAGUACAGUAGAGUAUCAACCUGGACCUGACUGAGUCUGGACUGAAGAGAUAGUAUAGUAGAGUAUAGUAUAGUAUAGUAGAGUAUAGUACAGUAGAGUAUCAACCUGGACCUGACUGAGUCUGGACAGUAGAGUACCAACCUGGAACUGACUGAG